CACUUCUUUCGCCUUCCCGUCGCUAUCUUCCGUCUCAUUCCCCCCGUUUCUAGUCAGCGCUCCGACGUCAAUUUUUGCUCGCACUCGCUACGAUUCUCUGCCGACUGCUCUGCCUCAGAAUCACUCCGCGCUUUGAAGUUACGAUACUCAUAACCUGUUCACCAUCUUUUCUCGAUGGCGACCAUGUCAUUCAACCCCCAAACACCCCAAAGCCCUUCUCAAUUAUCUCCGAGCACAGGUGAUCAGGUAUCGAGCAUGAACAGUUCCAUGACCUCAAUCACUACUGCUUUGCCAACCCCGGCACAUAGCGUUAAUGGAUCAGCCCAAGCGACCGAUAUGUCUCACGAUGCCGCGAUGGCGGAUAUUUACUCGACGAAGCGAAAAUAUCCUUUCGACGACGCUGGAGAUCAUGAGCAAAAGAAGGUCUACCUCGAGAAUCGCCGAGUUGGUAUUGAGAACCUACACCUAGAUGUUGGCGAAAAAUACCUUCUUCGCAGUACUCCCUAUCCCACCUCUUAUCCGUCUCUAUCCGACGACUUUUUCAAGAUGUUCGAUUUAACCGGAGUUGCUGCCGAAGUCGCCCGCACAAAGCCCAAUGGAGAGAAAAAUGCGCUACGUAAGACGUAUAAAGGACAUAUUCGAACUUUGGGACUAAGCGGCCACUUUGACGCUGUCAAAAAAGAACCAGAGACGCUAGAUGGUCUGCUAGCAUUAUCCGUUGUUCCCGAGGAUACGUGGUUUGCUAUGGAGGUACAAGGGAGGGAGAUUGAGAAAGGCUUAAUGCAGAUGAACCAAGCACAGUUAACCCGAGCGACUACGAUGGCCCGAGGCUUAAUACCGAAGACGUCUUGGGACAGCUCCGUCCUUGGUGACUUGGCGCCUAGCACCUUGCCGAAAAAGGCCAGCAACGACCAGUCUACGCGGCCAACGGCGCCUAGCACUCCAGCGGCCUCAGCCCUUGGAAUCACUCCGAAACCGAGCAAGCCUUUGACGCCCCAGAUAGAUCGUGCCCGUCGACUCGGAAAGAAGCGAAGUUACCAGGAUAGCAGCUUUGAGGGAUACGGCGAAGGCUAUGGAGAUGACGACGCGGGUGGAUAUUCGACGGGUGACGGAGAUGACCGAUCGAAGCUGAAGAGGAGAAAACAGGUGCAAACAGACCGUCCGUCUUCUGCAAGCCUCUUCACUAACCGAUGACAGAACCCUACUG